GUGCAAUUGAAAGCCAUUCGUGAUGGAGUCGAAGAGCAGGGAGAGCUGACCAUGCUGCACGAGCUGAGCGCCGCCGCCAUUGCUAAGCAUUUUCCUAACAGCAUUUUCAGGUUCCUCAGCUGCCGAAGCAAGCCUUUCCGCAAGCCUCCCUGCUUUCCAAACUUCUCCAGAGCCCUGUUUAUGUGCCCUUGUUCCCUCUGCAUGCAUCCCACACCUUCCCGGUUUUGGCGAUCUCGGAGCCGCCACCUGGCGCUGCCCGAGUGGAUGGUUUCCGCUCUGCGAAGGUAGCUCUAACUGGGAUCAACCAUGGCAAAAGCGGAGGCGCAGCCGGGUUUGAAAACCCCGCUGCUGCCCCCCCGACCGCCUACCCCACCCGUUUCAAAGCCUACGCCCCCCGCUAAGCCUGUGUUCACGCUUCCCACCGCAACUGACCUAGCGGCGCGCAAGAAAGGGCUUGGGGCGCGUUCGUGGUUACGGCUAGACUGCCAGGGAAACAGCCAGCUGCUAGAGGCAGACAAGUAUGCCAUCAUGCGGCGGUGCGGCAUCCCCGCACGUGAUUUGCGCAUCCUGGACCCGUUGCUGGCGUACCCGUCCACCAUCCUGGGGCGUGAGAAGGCAAUCGUGGUCAAUCUGGAGGCAAUCAAGGCCAUCAUCACGGCUGAUGAGGUGCUGUUGUUGAACCCGACAGACCCAGCAGUGCUGACAUACACAGAGGAGCUUCAACGACGACUACAACCCCCCCUGGCUGCGGCCCCUCAAGAGCCCUGGCAGGAAGCACAGCCGCACCCCCCUCCCGCUGGAAACGCCGCUCUUGCCCUCAAAGGCCCCCCCCGGUUUGGCCACACACGGUCACGCAGCGAGACCGAUCUUGGGAGCGUGUUUAGCUCGGAGAGUGCCGGGAUGCGGGAUAACAAUGAUCGGGGGCAGCCGUUCGAGUUCCGAGCGCUCGAGAUGGCGCUCGAAAUGGCCUGCUCGCAAUUGCACCACCAGUCGGAGGCGCUGGAAGCAGAGGCUUUUCCCGCGUUGGACGAGCUGACGUCCAAGAUCAGCACGCUCAACCUAGAGCGCGUUCGCCGAUUGAAGAGCCGUCUCAUGGCCCUCACUGUCCGCGUGCAAAAGAUGCGGGACGAGAUCGAGCAGCUGCUGGAUGACGAUGACGACAUGGCGGAGAUGUACCUCACUGAGAAGCGCCAGAAACUGGAACCCCCUCCCGAGUCGCCCCUCUCCGCUUACUCGACCCGCACAGGGGGCGCCCCUCACACGCCCUUUGGGUCCGCCUUCACGCGGCCCACCCUGGCGGACGCGUCCGAUGCCGAAGAUGGCGAGUCCCCCCCCCACCUGUCCAGGCGGGACAGCAGGGCGAGCAGGUACAGCAGCAGCACGGAGAGCGAGGACGUGGACGUGGAGGAGCUGGAGAUGCUGCUGGAGGCCUACUUCGUGCAGACGGACGGCAUCACCAACAAGCUCAACGCGCUGAAGAACUACAUUGACGACACGGAGGACUACAUCAACCUGCAGCUGGACAAUCACCGCAACCAGCUGCUGCAGCUCGAGAUCGUGCUCACCAUCGCCACCUUCAUCAUGGCCAUGUUCUCCGUCGUCGCGGGAGUGUUUGGCAUGAAUAUUCCCAUCGCCAUCUUCCACGAGGACCAUUCCUGGGCCUUCAAGUGGGUCAUCAUCGGCUCGGGGGCCGGAGGACUCGCCGUUUUUGCCGCACUGAUAGCGUGGAUCAAGUACAAUAACUUGAUCAACUAGAUACGGACCGCUGCAUUGGCCGGAGCCGUUAGGUACUGCAGGUUUGGGGGGGUGGCAGCACGCGGCUUCUUCAGGGCCUGCCACAUGGCAAAGCUGGCCCUGCGUUGAUAGAGGAGUGUGGGGCGGGUAAGGAAGAGCGGCCUUAGGUUAGGGGGAACGUGUGUGUGUCGAGGGACGAGUUCACACGUAACAGGAUUCGGGCCCCCUCAGUAACAGUCAAAUCAUUCUGCCAACCAUCUGAAGCUAGGUGUGCUAGCAUCAUUCUUUAAUGGCGUAACCGACCGCUACUUUCAAGCUGUAUUUGUACUUGAGCAAAUUAUUUGAAUAGGUAUGCAGAACUGAGAUUGUAAUUGUUUGUCCGCAAGUGGUGGUGCACGCGCAGUACUAUCUGUCUUCGACUUCGUUAAUGCACUCGGUAGAGCAGCGAAUGCUCAGUUCCUAAAGUAGCCAAUUGUGAAAUCUCAAGAGCAG